AUGACCCGCCCUCUGGUUUGUUUUGACCGGGACACGUGUAUGCCCUUUGCCCGGCCUGCGCUCCCCUCACACGGCGAAGAGGCGGCACCACCCCGCGACCUGAAAUCUGGAAGAGCCGUAUCUCUGCGGAACAAAGCGCCGUUUAUGUCCCGGUUAAUGUUUAGCCUGAGGGCUGGCAGCUCAUGGCCCCUGAGCCGUGUGUCCGCGCUCCUGGCCCGGCGUCACUCUGCUGCACACAUGUCCUCCGGCUCUCAUGGGCUCUCCUCUUCUGAGCGCAAGCAGCUUCUGUCCGAGCUCAGAGAAGCAGGAUGGGUCCAAGUAGAAAACCGAGAUGCCAUCUUUAAAGAACUGCACUUCAAAACGUUCAACCAGGCAUUUGGCUUCAUGUCCCGCGUGGCUCUUCAGGCCGAGAAGAUGAACCAUCACCCCGAGUGGUCCAACGUUUACAACAAGGUGCAGAUCACACUGACAAGUCACGACUGCGGAGGUCUGUCCAAGAGAGACGUCAAAAUGGCCAAAUUCAUCGACAAAAUUACACUUUCAAAUUAAGGAUUUAUUUUUUUUCCUCCUGCAUUUAAACUUUGAAAAUGUUCUUUACGUUGUCAUAAAUUUGUGAAAUUUGACCCAUUGUAAUAUUUUGUACAAUAAACGUGUGCAGUGCACACUUAAAUAUGA